CAAAAAGUUCCUCAGGUCUCCACCACCCAUCCCACACCAUGAAGCUCUCAAUCAUCGCUGCUCUUUCCGUGGCCGCUGCCGCCUUGGUUAUGUCAAAAGAGAAUGAACCCAAAGUUACAAAAAUCAUCAACUGCCGCAUUCUAAGGGACCAUAAGAUUGUAGAGAAAGAUGCUAUUUGGAUCCAAAGCGGCAAGAUCAUCGACCCACACAAGUUCUUUUGGUACCAAAAGCGGCUUCCUGACGUAGUCCUUGAUGCAGAGGGCCUCAUUAUCGCCCCAGGUUUCAUUGAAGCCCAAAUCAACGGGGCGUUCGGAGUCGACUUUUCGGUGCCUAUGGACCAUGACAUUUAUGAAAAGGGUCUGCUGAAGGUCAAUCGGGGCUUACUCAAGUACGGCACAACCUCUUACUGCCCUACCAUCGUCUCCUCCAGCUCCUCGGUUUAUCACAGGGUUCUUCCACAUCUCAAGCUCCGAGCUGGUUCAGCUGAGACUGGUGCCACGAUCCUCGGCGCUCACGUUGAGGGACCCUUUAUCAACAAGGCACGCAUUGGGGCCCAUGAGCUUAAAGUCCUUCAAGCGUCUGCGAAUGACGGCUACAAAAACUUUAAGGAAGUUUAUGGAUUAGAAGGAGAGACACCUGAAGCCCAAAGAAAGCUGAGUGAUAAGGACUUGAACUGCAUCAAAAUCAUCACCUGCGCUCCAGAACUCGAAGGUGUCAUGGAUACUAUCCCUGACCUUGUGAAGGCUGGUAUCACUGUCUCCGUCGGUCAUUCCAUGGCAAACAUUUCGCAGGCCGAGCGAGCCGUAGAGAAUGGUGCGACUUUUAUUACGCACUUAUUCAAUGCUAUGUCCCAGUUCCAUCAUCGUGAUCCUGGUGUUAUUGGAUUGUUGGGUUCUCGAUUAGACCUGCCACGCCCAUACUAUGGUCUUAUUUGCGAUGGCAUCCAUGUUCACCCAAACUCUGUCAAGAUUGCGUAUGACUCACACCCUAAGGGCGCCAUAUUGAUCACAGAUGCCAUGUCUGCCAUGGGCCUCCCACUUGGCAACUACCAGCUUGGGAACAUGAGUGUCACAAAAGAAGAUGAUCGCGUGUAUAUUGAAGGUACCGAAACGCUCGCUGGAAGUGUGAUCACUCUGGAUGCAUGCGUUCGCAAUUUUAUCAAAUUUACCCAUUGCUCGUUGGUCGAGGCUCUCGAGGCCGUAACGCUCCAUCCCGCAACCCUACUAGGCAUUCAAGACACCAAAGGUGUAAUCAAGCCUGGCGCGGACGCUGACUUGGUCUUCUUGUCAGACGACUUAUAUGUAAAGCGAGUUUUUGUUGCUGGCGAGGAAGUCGACCUGAAAUCGAUAGAUGUUGAGGCUGUAGAGAAAUUUUGA